AUGCACAGGGUCUUCUCAAGGCGUUCAGUCUCCGCCAUCUUGCGCGCCGGUGGCGUACGCCAACGCAAUUCUGCCGUCCCACUUUCUUCUUCCAAUCCCUUGGAACAAUCGGCUGAUGAUGGAAAGACAGAAAAGAAAUGGUACUCGGUGUUAGCGACUGGCAGCUGCCAUUCAGCUGAAAAAUAUGAGUACCAAGCCGAGGUUAGCCGUCUUAUGGACCUUAUUGUCAACAGUUUAUACAGCAACAAGGAAGUUUUUCUUCGGGAACUUGUUAGCAAUGCAAGCGAUGCCUUGGACAAGCUGCGGUUCCUUAGUGUUACGGAACCAGAUCUUUUAAAGGACUCGGUUGAUCUUGAUAUACGUAUACAGACUGACAAAGAUAAUGGGAUAAUUACAAUUACGGAUACUGGGAUUGGCAUGACACGCCAGGAACUUGUUGAUUGCCUUGGUACUAUUGCACAAAGUGGAACUGCGAAGUUCCUGAAAGCAUUGAAGGAGAGUAAGGAUGCUGGUGCUGACAGCAAUUUAAUUGGCCAGUUUGGUGUGGGCUUCUAUUCAGCCUUCCUGGUUUCCGAGCGGGUUGAAGUCUCGACAAAGAGCCCUAAAUCUGACAGGCAAUAUGUAUGGGAAGGAGAGGUCAACUCUAGCUCCUAUACCAUUCGAGAAGAGACUGAUCCAUCAAAACACAUUCCUAGAGGGACCCGUCUCACUUUGUAUCUUAAGCGAGAUGACAAAGGGUUUGCACACCCAGAAAGAAUCCAGAGACUUGUGCAAAACUAUUCUCAAUUUGUUUCCUUCCCAAUUUACACUUGGCAAGAGAAGGGAUACACUAAAGAGGUCGAGGUUGAUGAGGAUCCAGCUGAAGCUAAGAAAGAUGACCAAGAUGAGAAAACUGAGAAGAAGAAGAAGACUAAAACCGUAGUUGAGAAAUAUUGGGAUUGGGAGCUUACGAAUGAGACCCAGCCAAUAUGGCUUCGUAACCCCAAGGAAGUCACCACGGAGGAGUAUAAUGAGUUUUACAAGAAAACCUUUAACGAAUACUUGGAACCUCUUGCAUCUUCACAUUUUACAACUGAGGGUGAAGUAGAGUUUAGAUCUGUCGUUUACGUACCAUCCAUUGCACCCACUGGGAAGGAUGACAUCGUCAAUCCUAAGACGAAGAACAUACGGCUGUAUGUCAAACGGGUUUUCAUUUCAGAUGAUUUCGAUGGCGAAUUGUUCCCUCGAUAUUUAAGCUUUAUCAAAGGUGUUGUCGACUCGAAUGAUCUUCCAUUGAACGUCUCACGAGAAAUUCUUCAAGAAAGUCGCAUUGUGCGAAUUAUGAGGAAGCGUUUGGUUCGUAAGGCAUUCGACAUGAUCCUGGGCAUAACUAUGAGUGAGAACAGAGACGAUUAUGCAAGGUUCUGGGAGAAUUUUGGCAAACACCUAAAGUUGGGAUGCAUUGAAGAUCGUGAGAAUCACAAGCGCAUUGCUCCACUGCUACGAUUUUUUUCUUCUCAAAGCGAGGAAGAUAUGAUCAGCUUUGAUGAGUAUGUUGAGAACAUGAAACCUGAUCAGAAAGAUAUUUAUUACAUUGCUGCUGAGAGUGUAACAAGUGCAAAGAACGCACCAUUUCUGGAGAAACUUUUUGAAAAGGAUAUUGAAGUACUAUUUCUAGUGGAUCCUAUUGACGAGGUUGCCAUCCAAAACCUUAAAUCGUACAAGGAGAAAAACUUUGUUGACAUUAGCAAAGAAGAUCUAGAUCUGGGCGAUAAAAAUGAAGAGAAGGAAAAGGAGAUAAAGCAGGAGUUUGGUCAAACCUGUGAGUGGAUAAAGAAACACCUUGGCGACAAAGUUGCCAGUGUUCAAAUCUCAAAUCGUUUGAGCACAUCACCGUGUGUGCUUGCUUCUGGGAAGUUCGGUUGGUCUGCUAACAUGGAGAGGCUGAUGAAGGCACAAACAGUUGGUGAUACAUCAAGCCUCGAAUUUAUGAAAAGCAGGAGAGUGUUUGAGAUCAAUCCGGAUCAUCCAAUCAUCCAAACCUUAAAUGCUGCAUGCAAGAGUAGUCCUAAUGAUGAGGAAGCCUUGAGGGCUAUUGAUCUUUUGUAUGAUGCAGCAUUAGUUUCAAGUGGUUUCACUCCUGAGAGUCCGGCUCAGCUUGGAGGGAAGAUCUAUGAAAUGAUGGGCAUGGCUCUUUCAGGCAGAUGGGGAAUAUCUGCACAGCAAGUAAACUCCCCUUUGCAUGUCCCAGAAACCAUUGAAGCUGAAGUAGUCAAGCCUGCUGAAGCUGGGUCUUCUCAAGGCGUUCAGUCUCCGCCAUCUUGCGCGCCGGUGGCGUACGCCAACGCAAUUCUGCCGUCCCACUUUCUUCUUCCAAUCCCUUCGAACAAUCGGCUGAUGAUGGAAAGACAGAAAAGAAAUGGUACUCGGUGUUAG